UCCUAGAGGUUAGAGCGUCAGGUUGCCGCAGAGAUCGAAAUUAUUUUGCGGAGCUGAAAACGGACCGCGUAUCGCUCAAAGGGACAGUCCGCGAAAAUGUUGCGCCUUUUGGAAAUGGCAAUAAUAACAAGUUUCGAAUUUCGUGGUUGAUUUUCGAGGAAGUGUAUUAUGUUGUUCGAGAUCUGAACUCAAAAUAAUAAAGUUUGUUGCUAAAAGUUCUUUGAUUGUUAAGAAGUGAUGACAUUUUCUGAUCAUUGAUAUUUCGUGGUUCCUGAGAAAAAAGACAAGUGUUGAUAAAUAAUCAUAAGUUUCAAAUAAAUUUUGUGACAAACCAUUGUGAAUUUGUUUGGUGUUGGAGUUAAUACAAAAUCUAAAAACAACCGGAUAGUUUGGAGUUUCAUCUGCUGUUUCAGGAACUUUACGGAUCAAUGAGGUUAUUCGAAGCUAUUUGGAUGGAUGAUUCCAUCGACUCUGAUUAUUGAUGCCUAACUGACACCAAACGAAGACAACACCAUGUGGUUAGGGCACAGUUGCAUCCUCUUCAUGAACUGGGUAUUGCCAGCCCUCCUGAGCCUGCCAACAAACACGAAACAAAACGAUCUUCAAAAAUACUCAGAAUGGAAGCAGCUAUGGUAUCCCAAUUUGGAGGAACUAGCUAAAGCAGAGGCCAGUCUUUCAUCAGACAACAACACAGUAACCAACAGCACAGUACAGCUGGGUGCAACAGCUUUUCUUCAUUGCCACGUCAGAAACACCAAUGAUAGGACGUUAGCAGGAUCAGAGCAAGUGUCCUGGGUCAGGCGAAGGGAUUGGCAUAUUCUGUCAUCCGGAGUGUUCACUUACACCAACGACGAACGCUUCCAGAUUCUCCACAGUGAGGGUUCAGAUGACUGGACCCUACAGAUCAAGUAUGUGCAAAAAAGGGACAACGGUACUUACGAGUGCCAGAUUUCCAGUAAUUCAGGACUGAUAUCCCAUUUUGUUAAUCUACAAAUUGUUAUACCAGAAGCAACAAUUCAAGGAAGCAGAUCCGGUGAGCAUCAUGUAGAUGUUGGCAGCGUGAUCGACUUGCUUUGUGUUAUUGAAAAGAGUCCGACACCACCGCAAUAUGUAUUUUGGUACCAUAAUGAGCAUAUGAUAAAUUAUGACACAGCAAGGGGAGGAAUAACAGUAGAUACGGUACCAGGUCUUCCCACCCAAAGUCGUCUCACAAUCCGGGAUACGAACGAUGCCGAUUCCGGAAACUACACUUGCUCCGCUUCUAACACAGAGCCAGCUUCCAUCUAUGUUUUCGUUUCAGAAGGUGACAAUGUCGAUGCCAUCCUCAUGCGAGGAUCCUGCUCGAUGUGCAUAACGCACAAACUGAUGGUGUUAGUAAUCGUUCUUGCCACAAUUGUUCGAUAGGAUGAAAUGGUUAAGACCCUCGUUCAUCCUAAAUUAAAAUGAUGGACGCUCUAGUUCAGUGAGAUGCUGUGGAUGAAAAGUUGAAAUUUAUGGUGAUAAAGAACGAUGAAUCUCAAUGUGAUUUAUUACAUAAAAGAUUACAAGUACGAGUA